AUGACCAUCUGGAAUAAUCGUCUUCCCCUUGAGAUUAACCACCUCAUUGCGAAUCGCUCUGCCCUUCUCCCUCACAGGCUGUGUCUGUUACACCCCUCCAUCUCAAAUUUUGGCCCAACCAUGGCAGGAAAACACUCGGACGCGGUGGACGGCACACCCUCCAAGCGUCAAAAGACGUCCAAUGACGUGGACCCCAAGAACAACCCCUACCUCUCACAUUGGUACGACAACACCACAAAUGGCACCAGUAAUGGAAAUGUUGCUGGUGGCCCUCUGUCGCUGUUGAAAAGACACCAAACCACCGCCACCCUUGCUCGGCAAGUCGAAGAUAGCAAAAUCAACCCGUUUACGGGAAGACCUGCGUCUGAUCGCUACUUUUCCAUCCUGAAGACUCGAAGAGAUCUCCCUGUUCACGCCCAACGAGACGAGUUCCUCCAGCUGUACCAGAAAUCUCAGAUCCUUGUCUUUGUUGGUGAGACUGGUUCCGGCAAAACCACCCAAAUUCCUCAGUUUGUCCUAUACGAUGACCUCCCCCAACAAGAACGAAAACUUGUGGCCUGUACACAACCCCGGCGAGUGGCCGCCAUGUCAGUGGCCGAACGUGUUGCGCAAGAGUUGGAUGUCAAGCUUGGUGAUGAAGUCGGCUACAGCAUCCGGUUUGAAGACAUGACCAGUCAAAAGACUGUCUUGAAAUACAUGACCGAUGGCAUGCUGCUGAGAGAGGCCAUGAACGAUCAUGAUUUGAGCCGCUACAGCACCAUUAUUCUUGACGAGGCUCACGAGCGCACGUUGGCUACUGAUAUUCUCAUGGGUCUUCUGAAGGACGUUGUUGGCCGGAGACCUGAUCUCAAACUCAUCAUCAUGUCUGCCACUCUUGAUGCCCAGAAAUUUCAACGCUACUUUCUCGAUGCCCCCCUGCUUGCAGUCCCCGGUCGAACUCAUCCGGUCGAGAUCUUCUACACACCAGAGCCAGAGCGAGACUAUGUCGAAGCGGCGAUUAGGACGGUCUUGCAGAUCCACGCAACCGAAGCAGAAGGCGAUAUUCUACUCUUCCUGACCGGAGAAGAGGAGAUCGAAGAUGCUUGCCGAAAGAUAUCCUUGGAAGCGGACGAAAUGGCGCGAGAGGCUGACGCAGGCCCGGUCAAGGUCUACCCAUUGUAUGGUUCAUUGCCACCUGCCCAGCAACAGAGAAUCUUUGAACCUGCUCCUCCCCCAAGACGACCUGGCGGACGACCCGGUCGAAAAUGCAUUGUUGCCACGAACAUCGCAGAAACAUCUCUGACCAUCGACGGUAUCGUUUAUGUGGUUGACCCAGGGUUCUCAAAGCAAAAGGUUUACAACCCACGAAUUCGAGUCGAAUCGCUUCUUGUCUCGCCCAUUUCCAAAGCAUCCGCUCAACAGCGUGCCGGUCGUGCAGGCCGUACUCGCCCUGGUAAAUGCUUCCGACUCUACACCGAAGGUGCGUUCAAGAAGGAACUCAUCGAGCAAACCUAUCCUGAAAUUCUCCGAUCUAAUCUAUCAUCGACCGUGCUGGAGUUGAAAAAGCUAGGAGUCGAUGACCUGGUGCAUUUUGAUCUCAUGGAUCCACCAGCGCCAGAGACUUUGAUGCGUGCCUUAGAAGAGCUGAACUAUCUCGCCUGUCUUGAUGACGAUGGCAAUCUGACCACCAUGGGACGGCUUGCCUCGGAGUUCCCUCUGGACCCUGCACUGGCCGUCAUGCUCAUUUCAUCGCCCGAGUUCUAUUGUUCCAACGAAAUUCUCAGCUUGACUGCAUUGUUGUCAGUGCCUCAAGUUUUUGUCCGUCCUGCCUCUGCGAGAAAGCGGGCCGACGAAAUGAAGAAUCUCUUUGCUCACACUGACGGUGAUCAUCUGACACUGCUCAACGUGUAUCAUGCAUUCAAGGGAGAAGCCGCGCAAGCAAAUCCAAAACAAUGGUGUCACGAUCACUUCCUGAGUUUGCGUGCGUUGCAAUCUGCAGACAAUGUUCGACUUCAGUUGAAACGUAUCAUGGAACGCUCUGAGCUCGAAUUGAUCUCCACACCAUUCGAAGACAAGAAAUACUACGAGAAUAUUCGACGUGCGCUCGUGUCAGGGUUCUUCAUGCAAGUUGCCAAGAAGGAAGCCAAUGGCAAGACGUACACAACCGUCAAAGACAACCAGACAGUUCUGCUGCAUCCCAGUACCGUCCUCGGCCAGGAAAGCGACUGGGUCAUCUACAACGAAUUCGUGCUUACCUCCAAGAACUAUAUCCGUACAGUGACUGGAGUUCGCGGCGAAUGGCUCUUGGAUCUGGCACCGGGUUAUUACGACAUCGAUAGCUUUCCCAAAGGCGAGGUUAAGACAGCGUUGCAGCGACUAAGUGAGAGGGUCGCUCGGAGACAGAAGAUGAAGGCAGGCCGGUAG